AUGCCAUCCUCAUCCUGGCAUUCUUUCAGAUUAAGGAUCCCAGAAUCGAGUCUCUCGAGCUGGACACGAGUUGCACCACUCCAGACCCACUACACCGGUCGCACACGACCGAUCUCAACGUCGGUGAAAUUAUCGUCGCCUGCGCCAUGGGAAUCAACUCAAUCAAAACAAAAUAGUAUCCGUCGUACUCGGCGCUGGAGCAACAGUCGAAAAUCUCAAAGUAAGAAAUAUUCCCAAGAGAAGCCUUCCCACGAGCCCGUAGAGCAGAUCAGGGGGCUUCCUUCGCAAAAAUGGGACUCAGCGCAGGCGGAGCAAGACUAUGCCGACAGGUUCUAUAAAUCAUUGGCAAGUGGACAACCCAACAUUGUGCUGGCAUUGUUGACGGAUCCACGGUCCGAGGAGCUUGUUGGGUCCUUACCCCAGACUACCUUUAUCGAAGCGCUCCACCUGAUAUCGCCCGCCCAUUUUGUGGAGCCCUUCCGCAAACUCCACCACCCCCUACAUUCCUGGUCAACGUUCCUCCAUGGUGUCAAACGUGCAGAAGAGAUUUUUGACGAUUUCGUCAAGAGUUUGUAUAUCAUCGGAGGAUACCGGACUGCGGCAGGCAAUUUUCUGGGGUUGGCAGAGUAUACCCAUCUCCUGGACUGUGCACGGUCCAUGGGGAAUGCUCCCUUGGCAGAAGAUUUGUGGUUGUCAAUGCAAAAAGAUGAGGUGGAACCAGAUGGGACUUGCUACAACCACUACAUCGGUGCGAAAGUGUGGGAUCACUGCUUCGUUGGCCAGGAAGCUUAUAACUUGCGAGUACUGCCCAGACCGUACAAAAAGCGACGAAUGCGCGACAAAAACGUUGGUUGGAGAGGUUUCUCAACUGGUAAGCUGAGUAUUCGACGAACGACCCUCGAAAUCUUUCGAGAAAUGAGAAAGGCUGGGUAUUUACCGGAUGAGCGUACUUAUAUCAACGUGAUGCUCGCAUCGGCUCGGACGGGCCAUAUGCAAGCCGUUAACCAUCUCCUACAAACGGUUUGGAAUAUUGAUGUCGAGGCUCUAAAAGGAACCCUCGACCAUUCUACACUGCCACCUGCGAAGGCCUAUGAGCCUUGGUCUGCACUGUAUCCGACUAAAGAACUCCUCUUUGCGGUCGUUCAUGCGUUCGGUAUCAACAGCGACAUUUCCGGUGCUGUCAACACAAUUCAAUUCAUCUCCACUUCCUACAAUAUCCCAAUCCCCGAUGAAGUGUGGCAUGAGUUAUUUGAGCGAGCGUAUGUGCUGAGCAGGUACAGAGAGCCGUCUGAAUCCCGCGAGUAUGAAAAUACGGUCGGAAAGAUCUCGUCGGAAUUGGUUGAAUUAAUAUUCAAAAUCAUGACCUCCGAGCCUUACAACGUCGUUCCCAAUUUGCAGACGUUAAGGUUCAUGAUGAGAAUAGCCAUAGAUAGAGGGAGCUUGGAGGAGUGUCGACUCUACCUGCAGGCUGCAUAUGACUUGUUAGCCUCGACCAGACGCCAAGAACAUGACGCGCGCGCGAUCAUAAUGGCUCUUCUGAGAGCUGAGCAGCCUGAUUUGGAAGAGCCAAAUCCCAAAUUAGUGCAAGAUUUAAGCUGUGCUGAGAAAGCGCGCCUUCUGAGCCCUCAACUUUACGAGGCAAUCAGCAAAUACAACCUUAUCAGGCUGGAGAUCUAUCAGCAAAGCCAUCUCCUUAAACGUGCCGUUCUAUCUGCCGUCGGUCAGGUCAAGUGGGAGGGCAUUUCUGAAAAGCGAUGGUUAUUCCAAAUACGGCCAAGGCUCAUUGAGGAGUGGCGCGACUUUCUACCAGAUCACUUUCGAAUGAAAUGCGGCACUGACGAAGGUUUGAUCCGCUUUCGAGGCGAGACAUCCCAUGAAAACCAGGAGUAUUGCAAAGAUGGGAGGAUCGCCGUGCAACGGUUCGCAGGGAAUGGGAUGCUCUUCAAUCCCUUGGAAUUUCGAAGUCAGACGGAGGAAAACAUAUGGAAUGAUGUGAAGAAUAGAUUUCCUUGGCUGGAUGACUCGGCAGAGCCGGUGAGAUCACUGCUCAAUUUUCAAAUACCACGAACCAAGGAGCUUGAAGGGAAUCUUGAUGAGCUUCGUCGAAGUUGGGUUGUUUAUCCAGAGGGCCAUCAAUAUUCGAGGAGUAAAAAUCCAAACGCAGGAUUCUACGGUCGCCUUGCGGCAUUGGGUAUGCUGAAACCCAAACGAGAUGUAUUUUGCCUAGACAAUGUGUCUUGGAUUUAG